AAAAAAAAAACAGUGGCUAGUUUUGUUCGUUAAGUUGAAGUUCUUUGUUGAGUCAUGUAAUGUAAUACUUCAUAGUUCUUAGUUCAUAGUUCAUAGUUCAAACCUCUGUCACUGAUCAUAAGUUCAUAAUACCAAAAUAGCAAUGGUGUUUUCUUCAGUGUUCUCUCCCACCCUCAACCUUGCUAUGUCUUCUUCUCAUUCUUGUUAUGUUUCCUCCAAUAAGUACUGUUACAGUUACAGAAGGAGAAGGACACAAAACACAAGAAGAAGAACAGUGAGAGUGAGAGGUAGCAGUAGCAGUAGCAGCUCCUCGAAUGAAAAGGACAAAGAAGAUUCAGAUUCUGAUUCUUUCAACCCUUUUGGAUUUGUGACUGAUAACCCUUCAAGCCGCAGCGCAAUUCAGCUUCCUGAGAGUCCUGCUGAGGAUGGCAACGUUGGUCAGAUGCUCUAUAGGAUAGAGGACAAGGGCAAGGAAUUCGGUUCAUAUGUUAAAUCUGGAAAGUUAAGAUGGUUUGUGAGGGAAACUGGAUCUUCUGAUAGUAGAAGAGGGACAAUUGUGUUCCUUCAUGGGGCUCCAACACAAUCUUUUAGCUACAGAGUUGUUAUGUCUCAGUUGGCAGAUGCAGGGUUUCAUUGCUUUGCACCUGAUUGGAUAGGAUUUGGAUUCAGUGACAAACCUCAACCAGGAUAUGGUUUUGAUUACACAGAGAAGGAGUUCCAUGAUGCAUUGGAAAAUUUGCUUGAGGUGUUGGGGGUCAAAUCUCCCUUUUUCCUAGUUGUUCAGGGAUUUCUUGUAGGUUCAUAUGGACUAACUUGGGCCCUGAAGAACUCAAGCAAGAUAUCAAAGAUAGCAAUACUCAACAGUCCAUUAACACUUUCAUCUGUCAUUCCUGGACUUUUUCAGCAGCUAAGAAUUCCAUUGUUUGGUGAAUUUACAUGCCAGAAUGCUAUUAUUGCUGAGCGAUUUAUUGAAGCAGGUAGCCCCUAUGUCUUGAAGAAUGAAAAAGCUGAUGUAUAUCGUCUACCUUAUUUGGCAAGUAGUGGACCUGGAUUUGCUCUUCUAGAAGCUGCAAGAAAGGCUAAUUUCAAAGGCACUUUAAGGGAGAUAGUGGAAGGAUUUGCAUCUGAGAGAUGGGACAAGCCAAUACUACUUGCUUGGGGUUUAUCAGACAAAUAUUUGCCACAAUCCGUGGCUGAAGAAUUUAAGAAAGGAAAUCAAACAAACAUCAAGCUUCAACCAAUUGAAGGAGCUGGCCAUAUGCCCCAAGAAGAUUGGCCAGAGAAAGUUGUUGAUGCUUUGAGAAUGUUCUUCUGAUUUCAAGUGCAGGCAUUAAUGCAUCCAAGUGCUUAUUUAAUUAUUGGAGGAUAUUCCUUUUCCUCUUUUUCUUUUUUUAUCCUUAAAUUGAAAAUUUAAUCAUUAAAAUAGUUUAUUACUAUUAAAGUUAUUACUUUCUAAUGUAUAUAUAUGUCCUCUAA